CCAAAUUGGGUUAAAACAAAAUAAAAACAAAUAGUAAAACCAAAUUGACGUUUUCUCCAUCUCUAUUUUUGCAUCGACCAUCUCUAACCUUAGAAAUCUGUUCUUGCUAGAGCGAAACCCUAGAUUCGGCCAUUACCAAUUGAGCAGAGAUGCUGCGAGUUGCAGGGAGGAGGCUUUUGUCUGUUUCGCAGAGAUCUUCCACUGCGUCCUCCUUCGUCCUUUCCCGAGAUCAUACCCUCUCCGAUGGCGGCGACUCCUCUUCCGCCCCCAGAUCUGUCCCCUCUGCAGAUCUCUCUUCUUUCAAUUCUGUCCACCGAAGCCUUUUAAGAGGUUUCGCUUCUCAAGUCCUCACUCAAGGAAAUGAGGUAGGUUUUGGUUCUGAAGUCCCAGCUACAGUCGAAGCUGUCAAAACACCUAACUCAAAGAUUGUCUAUGAUAACCAUAACCAUGAGCGUUACCCACCUGGUGACCCAAGCAAGCGUGCAUUCGCCUAUUUUGUCUUGUCCGGUGGGAGGUUUGUUUAUGCCUCUGUUAUCCGCCUUCUUGUUCUGAAGCUUGUUGUGAGCAUGUCCGCAAGUAAAGAUGUCCUUGCCCUUGCAUCUCUCGAGGUUGACCUCGGGACCAUCGAACCAGGAACCACUGUUACAGUGAAGUGGCGUGGAAAGCCCGUCUUCAUCAGGAGAAGAACAGAAGAUGACAUCAAGCUGGCCAAUAGUGUGGAUGUUGGAUCUCUGAGGGAUCCACAAGAAGACUCGGUGAGGGUCAAGAAUCCGGAAUGGUUAGUGGUGGUUGGAGUCUGCACUCAUUUGGGGUGCAUCCCCUUGCCUAAUGCUGGUGACUUUGGAGGUUGGUUCUGCCCGUGUCACGGUUCGCAUUACGAUAUCUCUGGAAGGAUCCGAAAAGGUCCUGCACCGUACAACCUGGAAGUACCAACCUACAGCUUCUUGGAAGAGAAUAAGUUACUCAUUGGUUGAUGAAUAAAUGCACAACAGACAGCGUCUGUGUCUCAAAGAUCUUCAUAUGUUUUUGUUUUUAUAAUUUCCGGGCUUAAAUUUUAGCGUGCGAGUUCGCUGUCCUCACACUUGGGUCUCUCAGCAAGAUUGUCUUGUUUUGCUGAAUAAUACAAACUUGUCAUUGUAUGACUUAGCAUCUGUCUUAUCCGGUGAAAAACACUGUCCAUAGUUUGUGUUUAUUGUUUGAAAAGAAUUUUGGAUUUUGAAUAGUAUCACUGUAUCAGCUC